AUGGCUUUCAAAACCGUAUACACUCUGGAGUUGAAACGCCGCGAGAAUGAGAAAAAGAUCAUUGCCUUGUAUGUUGAGAUGAAGGACAUGAUGUCUGUGUUGCUCCAGUUACAAGGAGUACACGACCCCCUCGCCGUUGCUCCGGAUGGAAGUACGCUUGUAGACCGUUUGGGUGCGUUAUCGAAACAGACGGCGGAGGACAUCAAGAAAUGCUCGAAUGCAUGUGACACAUACUCGAAGAAAAAGCUUUUAGCGAAGGUCUUCCAAGGCCCGCUAUGGGACACGAAAUUGCUAGGAUUCGUGACGACAUUUACAAAACGCCGCACCGAAUUUGAGUUUGCGCUAUCGGUGCACACUUCUCUCGGCGUCGACGAACUUAAUAUAAAGCUUCUAGCUGUCAGUGAUACGACAAGCGCUAUGAACGCCAAGUUCGUUUUUUUUGUACUCAGAUAUCAACAAAAACAGCUCAAACAGAUAGUCGACAGCCAAGGCGGGCCGAAAGCCCUAUUAUCUCAAGAUGCGAAACUACGCGAGCUUCUAUCAUUCAAAGAUAGCAGCAAGGCUACGGAAAGUCACCGUUCUCAUGGCCCGCAAAGCGAUUUCAAGACAGAUUUGUACGAAGAACCAGACUCAGCAAUCGAGAAAAACGUAGCUGAAUUCACGCGCAAAUUCGACAUACAAAAACAGCAGAUAGUGGCGGAGCUGUCGAUGGUCGUUGUUCGUGAAGGAGAUCGUGUCAUUAAAGCCAUGAACGAAGGUCCGCAUGAAAAGCUCGUCGAUCCAGGAUGGCGCGGCAACGUAAAAGCUCGUCAUUUUGUGCUGGCACUGCGUGAUUUUUAUCAAGAGAAAUCCCCCCAUGGACAUACCACGGCCAUGACACUGGGUUCCACAGACGGAAACAAAAAUUCGGACGGUUGGGCGCUCAAGUACCUUGACGUCAUGCGUGUGCAACCAAUCUUGGAAGCGUUCGACGAUGACGCCUCUGGUUUCAUAUCUGUAGGCGAGAUGAAUCGAUUCACGACCACUCGACCCAAGGACUGGAGUCUUCCUCACUGGAUUGCAUUUUGGGCGACGGGUUGGAAGUCGUCAAUUAUUCAUUACAAGAAUCUCAUUGAACAAAUCUUUGCGAAAAUGGAUGGCCUCCUUCCAUUGGUCCUUGGUGCAAACCAAGGAUCUGUGUUGUCCUAUUUCUCUUCGGUGUGGACAUCAGUGCGCACACUUACAGCUGCAUUGGAAGGCCAAUUCGCCGAGAAAGACGAGGACAAGUUCAAGGAGUAUGUUGAAGCCGAGGAAGAGCGGCUGAGGACUAACCUCGAAGCUGUGAACUAUAUCAUAGAUGGUCUGGACACAUUGUCGCUUAUUACUGGCCCUGGUCGAAUUGAAAAGUCACUGUUCCCCGUCAUUUACUUACUCAUCAAGCACCAUUAUGAGAUCUUGAGAUUGGCCCGGACGAAGAUAAUUCAUCUCGAUGACUUUUACAAAGCAUCGGAAAGCAUGUUGUAUGUAGGCGAUGCCGUGCAAUUUCGUUAUGAUGACCUGAAAGGCAAUUUCCGCCAGCAGAAGGUAGACCCGUCCAAACAGUUCGAAAUAUUUGCUUCAGGCAUAUUUAAAUAUGUCCACGAUGAACCCGCUUUGUGGUCCUCAGACCGAGUGAAAGCGAUGGAGUAUGCCGUCUUGCCAUAUAUCGACGCUGAGGAAGACCAGAAUAUCCGUCCUGAAGAUUACCUGAGCAGGGAAUAUGAAGAGGAACUUAAGCUUGAUGAUUGGGUCUAUGAAACAGAACCGACACCGAUCGAAAACAAACCAGCGAAAACUCAACGCGCCAUUGUCAUAUUCAGCGCAGGGAUAUGGCAUGGCUACCGAUACGAGAAUAACGGAGAAUAUACAAAAAUACCUUUUUCGAUGAUGACACUGGACGUACGCGCAGGAGAGGGCGGUGGCAACGCGCUCAAGGUAGCCGCAUACCACGCCGGAGGCCGUUUCAAUGCCACUGGCUCCUAUUCCCAGGAGAGCGAUGGCACGCUCAAAGUCAAGCUUGAGAUCAACUUCGCUAUCGCGUGGGUUUCGACGAUCCAGUUUACGGGUACAUGCUAUUCCGAUCGGGAAGUGAUGAGCGGUGACUGGGGCAAUAUCCAGGUAGUGUUCAAACGAAUGUCGCCGCAAUAUCUGCGAUUUUACCCGCCGCCUGUCGCGCUGACGAGCAAGGCGCGCGCGCUGUGGGGUUUCGCGAUCGCUGCCAUCGUCGACUCUGUCCGUCAGCGCUCGUACUCGUGGGACUACUUCCGAGAGCGCCGCGACACGCGCAAGGAGUUCAUGGCCCUCCGGCUGCGCAAAUUGCACUACGGCGUCCCUCUCACCGCGGAGGAGCUAGAGUGGUACCGUGAAGUCUCGCGGUCGCUUACCACCGCGGACGCCUUUUUCUAUAACUCGCGCCUGCAGGUGGUGCGCGCGAACACUUGCAUGCAUGACGCGGUCCAAUGCGAUAACUGUGGGGGCAAAAUUGGCGGCGCGCGGAUCAUGUGCCUUGAGUGCGAACCAAAGGACACGGAGAACUGGGACUCCAUCGACCUCUGUGAGAACGCAGCAUGCGUGGCCGCGCGGGUCACGACUGAACAACGCGAAGACCUGACGAGCCCGCACGAACCGACGCACAGUAUGAUGAAGCUUCACUCAGCGAUGCACCUGCGACAGACGGGGCGUGUAGACAAGGCCGCACGCGAAGCGCUGAAGAAGGCUGACCGGAUACGGUGCGCAUCAACCAUAUUGCUUCUCGAAUAUGCACUUGCUCACAUUUUUACUGGUCAAUCGACAGACGACCUAUUCAUCUGUGAGUCCUGCGACGCAAAGGGAGCGCACAAGCUGGACCGACAGUCGGAGAAGCACGAUGAAACGCACCCUCUCAUACGCUGUCAGGAGCCGCAGAACGAGCAGGUUGUGAAGUCGAUAGAAGAGAGGAUGGCGACGCUCGAGACGCGCUUUGCGGACAUGGAGGCGAAGAUGAUGGGUCGCAUGGACAACAUCGAGCGGCUGCUGCAACUGCUGCUCCCGACGAACACCACUGAUGCCGUUGAUACCAGUCCGCCGAAGUUGCGCGUCUCUUUGGCUCCGUAA